GUCCUCGCUUGAUAGACACAACAUAGAGUCACACAAGUCGCCCUUAAAUGCAUUCUCUGAUCAGACAGCUUGGGACUUGCUUCUCUGGGAAGCCCGGUCCAAAAGAACACGAUUUUCGGGAAGGACAUGAAGACAGCGCUGGACCGUCACCUGCGCCGCUGAAUGAGCAGCCGGGCCUCCAUCCCGGUGAUAGCCAGGCAGAGCAACCCGCUGCAGACCAUGUGAGAACUGCUGUUUCUUGGCGAUGGUGAUGGCGGUUGGCACACGCGACUGGUUAGUAACCCACCGCACACGUUCUUAGAGUCGUGCGCACGAUCGCAACUUCUUGCAUAUCGGUCACCUUGCAAUCGGCAGGCGCCUGCAGCGGGGAAACUAGUUUUGAGCUGACGACGACAUCCGAAUCGCCCCUGACUUCUUGCCCCCGCCGUGCGCUUCACCUUCGUCAUAGUUCAUGGCGGCUCUGAUGGUCGACGCUGCGAGCGCGGGAGCCGAGGCUGGUGAAUCAGCAGGUGAUGACUGGCUGACCAGCGCCUCGCUACACCUCAACACGGCCGCGGCCCUGCUGGGCGCCGUCUCCUGCCGCCUGUACAUCCACAUCGGCAGCAGCAGCAGUAGCAGCGGCGGCAGCAGGACCAGCGGCGGCAACCGCUGCUGGUGUGACAGGGGCGACGGCAGUAGCAGGGACACCUGUGAUGAUGGCUGUAGCAGGAUAGGCAGCGGCAGCUGCAGCAGCCGCAGCGGCCAGCAGCAGGAUACGGAACACCGGCCGUCGGGGACACCAGGGCGCGGCGGGGAGCGGCGGCAGAGCCAGGCCUUAGUCAUGCUGCUUCAGAGCCAGCCGCUGCUGCCCUCUGGUGCGGCGGACACCGCUGCUCGCACGGGCGCAGCAGCACAGGCCGCCGCCGCCGCCACCGUCGUUUGGGAACCGCCGCCGCUGGCUUCGCCAGCCGCUGCCGCCGGCUGUGACGCUGCUUGCAGCUGCAUCGCGGCCGAUGGUUCCGCCAUUGCCACUGCCCCUAACCCUACCACCAUUGGAGGCGGCGGCUGCGUCCGGUUCACUGCCGCCGCUGCUGCACCCGCUGAAGACGCUGCGGCUGCAGACGCCGGGACGGCUGCGCUGCAGGCGUUGCUGCUCCGCCAUAGGCAGGAGCGUCACCAGCACCAGCAGCAGCACCAACAGCAGCGGCGCGGCGCGGCCGACCAUCCCCUUGAUGCCGCUGCCGCAGCAGCAGCAGCGACCGCCGCCACCGCCACCGCCGCGUCCGCGACCGCCUCUUCAAUCCCGGCGGCCGCGGCGCCGCAGCAGUCAAAAACAGCAGCGGCAGCAGUCGUCUUUGCCUGCUCCGAACCGUCGCAGUCAUCAUCAUUACCAUCCUCGCGCUCGCGCCCGCUGGCUACAGCCGCCGCCGCCGCCGCCGCCGUCCCGCUGCUGCGCGGCGGCCAGCUGGUGGGUGCGGUGCUGGUGCUGACCUGCUGCGGCAGUAGCAGUAGCACCUGCGGCAGCAGUAGCCGCAUCGGCGCUGUCCCCGGCACACGCAAUUGCGCCAUAGUGUCGCUGCCGCCGCCGGCCCAAGCCAAGCUGCUGCUACAGCCACAGCAGCAGCUGCUACCGCUACAGCCGCCGCCACCGCAUCAGCAGCAGCAUCAGCAGCAGCUGCUGGCGGCGCUGCGGGCGGCCGAGCCGCAACUCCGUUCCUUAGGCCAGGCCGUGUCACUGGCCCUGGCGCCACACCUUUCCGAGCUACGGCACCUGGCGGCGGCCGUACGGCCAAUGUACGACAGCAGCACCACCACUGGCGGCGGCGGUACGGCUGUUGCUGGCGGCGUCGGCGGUGGUAGCGGUGCUCGCGGGGACAGCGGCGCCGCCACGACGCUGGGUAGCUUGACUUCCGCGGCGGCGGCGGCGCUGUCCGAGCACGUGCGGCGGCGGUUCCUGCUGCAGUCCACGGUGCGGGUUGCGAUUGCGUACGGCAGCGGCGGCGGCUGUGCUGGCGGCUGUGUUGGCGGCGGGUGGUGUCCUAGCUCGCCUAGCUGCCAGUCGGCACCAGCUACAGCCUACUUGCUGAGCCACGUGGUGACAGUGGGUGACGGCAGUAGCAAUUGCAGUAGCAGUAGCACUCCCGCCACGCCGCCGCCACCGCUGCCGAGGGUCGUGGAGGCAGCAGUAGCAGCGGCGGCAGGGUCAGCAGUAACAGGGGAGUGGCGGGCGGUGCCGCGGCACAACACGUCCACACCCAUGGCCACGCCCACGGCCGCCGUGACCGCCGGGUGCCAAAAUUGGGGAUUCGCCAAGCCCCCACAAGCGGCUGGGACCCGGCAGCAGCAGCAGCAGCAGCAGCCGCAGGCGGCAGUAGCCGUUGCGACCACCCUACAUCACAGCAGCGGCAGAAGCAGAGCCGCCACUGCCACGGCCGCCGGCGCCGCCGCUAAUGUAGACGCCCCAGUGCUGGUCGCUCGUCCUUUCCAGUUGUCGUACAGCCUCCUCAUGCGCUUACUCAUGCAGCAGCAGCAAGCCACCUCAGCCGCGGCGUUGGUGCUGGGACCACAGGCAGCAGCAGGGAUGUACGGCAGCAUUGCUGAUGGAGGCGUGUACGGCAGCACGUGCAGUGGCGACGGCGGCGGCGGCGGCGGCGGGCUGGGUGUGGAGGACUGUGCGGCGCUGCUCCAGGACGUGUCACAGCCCAGUCGUGACGUGUGCCUCAUCAUGGCGGCUGCGGCGGCGGCAGCGGCGGCGGCGGCGGCGGCGGCCGCGGAUGAGUCAGCGGCGGCGGUUGGUGACGGCGCCGUCGGCGGCGAUGACGCUGUUGGGGAGUACGCCAGGGCCACGGCCGCCGCCAGCACCUCGCCCGAGAGUGGCGGUGUGCAGUCGCUGGUGCUGGUGGGUGUCCGCUUCGGCAACCUGCUGCCGCCGCUGCCGCUGCCGCCGCUGCCGCCGCCGCUGCCGCUGACUCUGAAGGCAGCGACUCCGGCUCUGGCUCCGGCUCCGGCCGUGACUCUGGCGUUCUACGUGUGCUUCAGCCACCGGCUGCCUGCUGCCCUGGUGGCGGGUGUGCGGCGGGGCUGCCAGACCCUUUUGGACCAGGUGCUGGCGCCGGCACUGGCGGCGGCGCUGCGGCAACAGCCCGGCGGCGGCUCCGGCGGUGGCGGUGGCGGCGGCACCGCGGCUGCUGCUGAGCUGGCGGCUAUGCGUGACGGCGUGCCCGGCACCUUUGCCAUCCAGUAUCAAACAACGACGACAUCGGCUGUAGCAGCAGCACCCGCAAGUGCAGCAGCAUUGGCUGUAGCAACGGCCGCUGUACCAGCAGGAGCAGCAGUAGCAGCAGCGGCUGUAGCAGCCCCGCCUGCCGCCACCACCACCUGCAGUCUCCUGGUGGUUGGGGACCUGGCGCGGGAGACCGACGGCGCCCGGGCACACCUCAACACACUCGUGUCUAGUGUGCAGCACAGCAUCGCAGCCGCCGCCGCCGCCGCCUCGUCGGCGGCAGUAGCAGUAGCAGUAGCAGCGGCACCGACAGUAGCAGAUGUACCAGCGGCGGCGGCGGGAAUGACGGUGGCUGCUGCUGCGGAGGCGGGGGUGGAGGAGCAACACCACACACUCCAGCACCUGCGGCUGCAACCGCGACAGGUGCUACUGCCUCCGUGCAUUUGGCCCGCGUCCCUCGCAAACAUGACAGCUCCGGAGUCCGUAGAGCCGCCGUCGCUAUGCCUGCUUGCGCCGUUGUCAGAGGCCGCCACCCCCGGUGGCGGCGGCGGCGGCUGGCUCGCUGCUGGCGCAAGUGUCGCCAGCAGUUGGCUAGCUGCCCCCACCGCCGCCGCCGCCGCUGGCAGCGCAGCUUCAGCCAGCUUCCCACCUUCCGCUGACGCUCUGUUGCACCCUGGCAGCGGUCACGGUCACGGUUACGGUUCAGCGGCGGCGGCGGCGGCGGCGGCGGCGGCGGCGGCGGCGGCGGCGGCUGGGGCGGCGGCCGAGACCGCGCUGGUGGUGGCGGCGGCGGGCGACGUGGCAGCCCUGCAGCUGGUGUCUAAGCUGGGGGAGGGCGGCGGAGGGCAGGUGUUUUUGGGCCGCAUGGGAGCGAGAGGACUGCGGGUCGCGGUGAAGGUCAUGGAGCUUCCCGAGAGUUUCAAUGCCAUGGGGCUCAUCGAAUUCGACCCUCGCGCGGCUGUAGCAGCCAUGAUGGCCGCCUCGCCCGCUGCUACAGCCGCCGCAGCGGCGGCUGCUACAGCCGUUGGCGCUUUCGGCGGCGCCGCGAGCCCUGGUGGCGGCAGCAGCGGCGGUGGUGGCGGCGGCGCCAGCUCGGGCCCGGCCGUAGCGCAGCAGAGGGUGCAUGAGGCCAUGGUGGCGGCGGCGGCGGCCGUGGUGGCGACCGAUGCAGUGGCGGCGGCUUCGGCGGCGGUAGCGGCGGGCGCGCCGCCGCAAGGGGGUUACGGCGUGGAGGCUGCAGAUGUGGAAGCUGCGGCGGCGGUGGGUCGGGCGCUGGUGGCUGCAGAAGCGGCGCGGCAGCAGAUGCGGGCGCGGCGGCAGCUACUGCGCAGUGCCACUGAGUUGGCAAUGCUGAACGUAAUCAGCCAUCCGCACAUCAUCCAGGUUCACGGUAUCUACUCCAACGUCGUUCUCGAGCGCAUCCCCGAAGGCGGCGGUUGCAGCUUCAGCGCUGGCGCAAGCGGCAGCAACAACAGCAGUAGCAGCACCAGCUGCGGCUACAGGCUACGGCCCCGGCGUCUGGCGCCUCCUGACCGAGAUCAGGCUCUCACAGUAUUGAAGUACGGCGUAGAUCGGGAAUCUGGAUCCAAUCCGGACAGCGGCAACGGCGCUGGCGUGUCCUGCUGGGCCCAGCCUGGCGGCGGAAGCAGCGGCGGCGGCCGCGGCGGCGGUUUUGGUGGCGGCGUGGCUGCUUAUUACGGCGGCUUGUUUGGCGGCGGCAACCGUAGUGGUGGAGACGGAGCUGAAGGUGACUUUUGGAUGGGACAAAGCGAUGGCCUUGCUGCUACCUCAGGCCUUGCUGCUGCUGCUGCUGACGACGACGAGGACGAGGACGACGCGGAGGUGCCUGUGUGCUGCGCCGUGGCCAUGACCCACUGCGAGGGCGGAUCGCUGGCGGCGGCGCUGCGGAGCGGCAGGGCGCUACAGGGUGGGGGGUUGGUGAUGAUGGCGCCGGCUGGUGGUGGUGGUGCUGCUGCCAGUUGUGCUGCUGAUGGUGGCGGUGGUGGGGGUGGUGGUGGCGGUGGUGACAGCACGGCUGAGGAGGAGGAGGCGCGUCAUGCGGCGCUGGUGCUAAGCAACAUGAGGUCGCUGUGUCUGACGCUGCUGGAAGUGGCGCUGGCGCUGAGGUACCUGCACGGCCGCAACAUAGCGCACCGAGACGUAAAGCCCGCCAACAUCCUGCUUCAGGCCGUGCCGCCCACUCCCACCGACCCUCGCGGAUUCACAGCCAAACUGGCGGACUUUGGACUCGCCACCGUCCUGGACCGACAACAGCCGGCGCCCGCGCGUGCGUCCCACCUGCUGCGCACCCCGCCGGCACCCCUGCCUCCCCACACGCCGCCGCCACGGGCCCUCAUCAUGACCGCGCCGGCAGCAAUGGUCGCGGCGGCCGCCGCCGCCGCCGCCGCCAGUGGUGGCGGUCGUGGUGUUGGAGGCGGCGCCGCCGCCGACGCCGCUAGUGGUGGCUAUGGCGCCGCAACCACCAGCGGUGGUCGUGCUGGCGGUGCCGCUAGCGCCGCCAGUGGCGGCGGCGGCGGCGGCGGCGGCGGCGGCGGCGGCGGCGGCGGCGGCGGCGGGCGCACGCCACUCGCCCUUGUACAAGCGGCAGCCGGCGGCCAGUGGGGCCUCACUGCCGGUGGCCAACACAGCCCGGCUGCAGCUGCUCCUGCUACUGCCAUCGCGACUCCGCCUGUAGCUCCGGCUGCGGCUGUGGCAGCUGCUACUGCCGCUAGCAGCUUUAGCUACGGCAACAGGGCCGCUGAGGGUGGUGGCGAGGUGGCGGCGGCGGCGGCGGCGGCGGCCAGGAGGGCGGUGCCGGUGAUGGAGCACUACGCCAUACUGGACUCUGCUUGCGGCACGCCCGACCACAUGUCUCCCGAGGUCUGCCGCGGUGCGGGCUCCACAAUCACCGCAGCAGUUGACGUGUACUCGUUCGGCAUCGUGAUGCUGGAGGCGGUGACACGCGGGCGGCGGCCGUACGGCGCCGUACACCCGGACCGCAUCCCCCGCCUCGUGCUGGCGGGCGCCCGCCCGGUCUUCCCCGCAUGGGCGCCGCCGCCGUACAGGGCUCUGGCUGAGGCGUGCCUGGCCGCGGACCCGGGCCGCCGCCCCACCGCCGCCCUCUUGGUGGCGGCGCUGCGGCAGCAGCUGGCGGCGGCGGCAGCUAGCUAGCUAGCUAGCUAGCUGGACAGCCUAGCUGCUGCAGGUGUUGUUGGUGCAGGCUGCUGGUGCUGCUGGUGCUGCUGGUGCUACGGCUAGCGGGUAGUCUGGUGCUGCGGUGCUGCUUGUGGGCGCCGCUGCUUGCCGCGGAGGAGGGCUCAGCGGCAGCUGAUGGCAUUACUUUUGCGUGAUGUUUGAAAUCCAGCGUUUUCCUGCGCACUGCUGGGCUGGUGAGCUGCUGCUGUGUGGCGCUACGCGGUGCGCACAUGAUGACGCAGCAGCCGCGGUUGCACCUGGCAGUGCAAAUGUGCGUUAAUAAAGAAGGGAAAGGCACGUACGGUACACGUGUAUGUGUACAUAUGUAUCUAGGGGCUACAUGCCACAAACCGAUGUGAGAGCCCCAUUUGUCGUCCCAUGGCAGAAGGGGCGUGUGUUUAUUAUGCCCAUGCGAGGACUUUCAUGAGUCAUGACUCUUAUCAAAGCUCGCAUGCAAUGUGUCUCCGCAAAUGUGGGCUUCUUCACUGCGCGCGUAAGCUUGGGUUGAAUACCAAUGUCUCUCCAUGAUUGUGAUGAUGUAUCAUUUGUGGGCCCUGUUGAAUAUUACUGCAAUGGUGCAGGGCACAUGGGUAACGCCAUGUGGGUAGCAUGCGGGAAGGCAGUGGGUCCCGCUGUGUCUUGUCCAUUGUGCAAGUCUUGCAAUCGCCAUUUGGUUUGAGGCAUAUUAACGCACGGCUACACACCUCCGUACGUCACUGCACGCACGGAACCGCCGUGGCAUGUGCAUGCCACGGGGGUUGUUUCCGCCGACAGCCCGAUCCACACAUGAGUCUCUUUAUGUUGCUGCACACAUGAGUUUCUUUAUGCUGCUGCUGCUCCCUGUUUAUGAGAGCCACCUCGGCUCGAGAUCGUCGUGGCGGCGGCGUGGGGGACACCGGUCUGCAAGGAAGGGGGAUUGCCGCACGGGAAGGAAAGCCCCCAUGACUAGCUAGCUAGGUAUUUCACUUGUCACCACUCUGGGAAAUAUGCAAAGCUUGUGAGUUCUAAUGCUGCACCUACAAUGUGUCGUACGGCAUGUGCAGUGUGUUGCGCACGUGGCUGUGGCUGUGGCUGAGGGUGCGUGUGGGCGUGGGUGUUGCAAAUGUAGCAGACGCGUUGUCUGGGUUGUUGAAUGCAGGGGCGACUGAACGGCGCAGCAGGCAGGCCGUGGGUGCGGUGGGUGUGAUUGUGGGUGUGGGUGUGGGUGUGGGUAGGUCUGGGCGCUGUAUCUGGGUGUCAGAGAUACUCGUUCCCUCUAUCUGCGGGCCGCAUGCAUUGCAACACAUACGCAACAACUGUCGCCUGGCGAGCAAAUUAUUUCAGAGAUGCAUGUAAAUGGGAAUGAUGGGUGAUCGCACGGGCUUCCACGCCGCGUCGGCCCUAGCGUAUGGGCAAUGCUUGUACUGCAGAGGUGCACUCGCAAGGCAUUGAUUUCGACAACCGAUUGUUAUCAAACCAUACCUGUUAUCUUUACUAAAACUUGUACGGCAGUACUUGCCUGCUGGAGAUUGGUGGAGAGCAAAAGGCCGUGUGUGCGCGCGCGUCUGCGCGUGAGUGUGCGCUAGCUUGUAUAUAUACGCGACCUUACAGGAGCCGAGGGACGGGUAUGUGAAUGUACACGUGCGCGUGCGUGUGAAGUGUGCGUAUGUGUGUAAGGAGGGGGGUGGGAGCGGGUAAUAAACAAGACGGGGGCGUCAGUCAUCAGCAUGGGUGGACGCACGCACCUACCGAUCGUGACAAGCCCCAUUGCGGUGUGAUGGUGCUUGUGUUGCUGUCUGUUGCUGUUGCGCAGUACCGUCACUACCGUUAUAACCAUAGUGCCCGUGUAGGACCGAAUGACGAUCUGUGUGGGGUGUGGAGUCUGUGCGUGGGUCCUGCUGCGCCGGUGCUCAUCACCCAGCAAUUCUCUUCAGGUCUGACUCAAGGUUGCAUCUUUUGACAUGGUGGAGUGUGUGUAAACAAUGACUCAU